GCUUCCUCAUGUCCUGCUGGGCCUGGCCUGUUCUCCUUGGCCUGCUGUCUCAGCAGAACCCAGAGCCUUUCCCUUCCCCACUAGAGAACGCCACUCAGGGUAAGAAGGGGUUGGAUUAGAGUCCUGGGUGCUGGAUUGGAGUUUUGCUUGCUAGAUUUGGAUCUUGGGUGUUGAAUUGGAGCCCAGGAGGCUGGAGUGGAGUUCCUAGGAGCUGAAAACCAGCAGGUGUACAGAGGACACUUGAGCACUGCCUGACAGGGAAACCAGAGGAAAGGUAGAGGAGAAAAUACCUCCCUAAGCACAAAAACAAAACAAAACAAAAAACCAGGAACUCAAGGAGUUCCUGACUGUCUUUCCAGCUGAGCUGCCUGUUCAUCUCCCAGCCAUCAUGAGCCCCAAGAAGCGCAGGUCACAGAAGAUCCCAUUUGAUGCAAAGAGUAAUGCGAAAAUCGACGACUUUUUCCAUCAGCUCAGUGAUAAACAACAUGAUAAUCCCAGUAUUCCUCAAAUGAAGAAAGACUCUAGGAAUGGUCCCAAAGAUGUAACUAACAUCCAACCUCAAGGACCCAAAGAUCCCCAGACUCAAGGACUCAAAGACGAGAGUAUAAUCCCAAGUAAAAUUAUCCACAUUUCCUUGGAUGGAGAGCAUAGGGCACAUGUGCUCAAGCAUAGUGACAGAGAGAGCUUCCAUAUGGGACUCAACUCUCUUCAGGGCAUCAAAGAGAAGAUAGAAGCCCAGAAAAGCAAGGAAAUGCUGGUACGCGGCAUGGAGGGAAUUGAAGGAUACAUAAAUCUUGGCAUGCCUCUCUCUUGUUUCCCUGAAAACUCUCACGUGCAAAUCACAUUUGUCCAAAGUAAGAAGGAACAGAAAGAAGAGAACCAGUUAUUUGGCCGACAUGACGAGACAACUACUGACUGCGUCAAAUUUUAUAUCCAUGCAGUUGGGAAGGGGAAAAAAAAGAUUGUGAAAUGUAGGCAGCUUCACAAAGAAGGGUGUAAACUCUGUGUCUACGCUUUCAAAGGAGAAACCAUCAGGGAUGCCCUGAUCAAGGACAACAGGUUUCUUCCUCUGCUGGAGAAUAAUAACUGGAAACUCAUUGAAAACCUGAACUCCAUUUUGGAGAGCUCACAUUUAGUGGAUGACUUAGAGGGCAAGCUCUUUGAGGUUGAGGUUAUAAAUCGAAAAAGAAAGCGUCCUAAGUCACCAGCUGUUCAGAAUCCCCAGUCAGAAAAAAGAAGCACUCGUGUGCUGGACAAAUCCAUUAUAGACCAGUACCCCAGUUUGAAAAGAGAACGUGAAAAAAUUAAAGAGAACUUUGACAAUGAAAUGAAAGAAAGAAAAGAAACCAAUGAAAGUAAGAAAACUUCACUGUUCGUAUUGCACAAAACAAACUUUGGGAAACUGACGAAAAACUCUACCUUGGUUGCCACCCAUAAGCUUCUCUCUCGACUCAGUGACUCUGUUGGCUAUAUUGGGUGGGACAACAAUGGAAAUAAGGGUUCUGCCACCUGCUUUGUUUUCAAAGAGCUCUACAUUCUUACUUGUCGUCAUGUGAUAAACGACAUUGUGGGAGAAGGAGUAGAUGAGAGUAAAUGGCCAGGCAUCAUUAGUCAAUGUGCAAAGGUGUCAUUCAGUUACAUAAAACCCCAUGAAAAUGAAGAGAAUUGCUUUUCUAUUGAGCCUUGGUUUCAGGUAUCUGAUCUAACCCUGGACUAUGCUAUUCUGAAACUGAAGGAAUGUGGACAACAGGUACCUCGGGGACUCUAUUAUGAAACUGGACACGCACCACUGAGCGGACUGAUCUAUAUCAUCGGUCAUCCAGAGGGAGACCCAAAAUCUACUGAUGCUUGUGCUGUCAUCCCUCAGGGUCAGCGAACCAAGAAAACUCUAGAGUAUCUUCAGACCACAGUAGCAGAGUUCUGUAAUUAUGAUAGUCAGUUUGUCCAUAUGUUUACUCAAAGAAGUUUCCAGGAAUUUGACUGCAACGCUGAUAAGAUUACCUAUGACACCCGCUUUUUUUGUGGGGCUUCGGGCUCUCCGGUGUUUGAUUCUCACGGUUCCUUGGUGGCCAUGCACACAGCUGGCUUCACAUACAAUUACCAAGGCCAGCGACUCAAUAUGAUUGAGUUUGGCUCUUCUGUGAAAUCUAUCCUCCGUGAUAUGGAGAAAAGCCAUGGGUCAUGGUUUACAGAAGUAUUUGUCAAUCAACAGGAUGUAGAUAUGGCAAGUGAAGGCUCCGCCACAGAUGAAGUUUAAUUCAUUUUAAUUCGGCCAGUUAGAUCCAGAAGACCAAGAGAGGCUUAUAAGAUAAUACUAAAUUUUUUUUAAAGACCUAGAAACGUGUUUAAUUGUGACCAGAGUUACCUCUCAGCUCUGUUAGUGCUGGAGAUGGAAUCAGAGACUUCUCACAUGAAAAUCUUAUGUGCCAUUGCUAUCUUAUUUCCCCAGUUUCAAAUCACCUGGAAACUUUACAGGGCUUUUUCUAGGGACAUCCAUGACGAGGAUCAGAACAAAGAAAGGUUUUUGUUUGUUUUAAUGUAAGUUCAACUUCUAAUGUAACUUCAACUUCGAAAUAUAGUUAGUCAACACAGAGUAACCUAUUUGUUUAUUGAUGAAGUUAAGACCAGCUCUUGAGUGAGGUUGGGGAACUCCAGCCAUGAAAAAUGGCUCAGGGGAGUUGAGUGGUAGCGCAGCGGGUUAAGUGCACGUGGCGCAAAGCUCAAGGUCCCGGCAUAAGGAUCCGGGUUCCAGCUCCGGGCUCCCCACCUGUAGGGGAGUUGCUUCACAGGCGGUGAAGCAGAUCUGCAGGUGUCUGUCUUUCUCUCCCUCUCUCUGUCUUCCCCUCCUCUCUCCACUUCUCUCUGUCCUAUCUAACAAUGACAUCAACAACAAUAAAAAAUAAUAAUUUUUUUUAAAAAAAAAAGGAUUAAAAAUGAAAAAUGGCUCAGGCCCAAGUGUCUUAUCUUGCUGCACCUCUUCAAUUACAGUCUUCCCGCAGUCUCUCAGCGGACACUGCACAAGUGUUUUUCAUCUAUAUAUUUGUACUGGAUUAUGUACCCCAUAGUAAAAUUUAUCCUCCCGCUUUCUGCUUCCCUCCCUGUCCCUGUUUAUUUAUUUCUUUAUUUUAUUUUUUAUGGUGCAAUAUGCAAUAUCCAUUGAGUUCAGCUUUGAAAACAUAUUGGAUACUUUACAAAUGAUGCAGAGGUGUCAUUAAAUGAUCUAAAGAUGGUUGACAUACCUACUGCCUGCAUGAUGCACAGGCCUGAACUACCGCUAUGAAGAUUAUUGACAAAACUUGUUUAUCAGCUGGGUUUCAGGAAGACAACUUGCUGUUGCUUCACCAUCACUCUUUAAAAGAGUUUUAAGUGUGGAGUCUGGUGGUGGUGCACUUGGUUGAGCACCAGGAUACCCGGAGUAAAGACCUGGGUUCAAGUCUCCAUACUCCACUGGCGGGGUAGCUUCAUGAGUAGUGAAACAGGGCUGCAAGUGUCCUCUCUCUCUCUCUCUCUCUCUCUCUCUCUCUCUCCUCCUCUGUCAAUUUUUCUCUGUUCUAUCAAAUAUAAGAAAAAUUAAAAAAAAUAAUAAAGCAUUAAAAAUCUUAAAGAGGGAGUCGGGUGGAAGCACAGCAGGUUAAGCGCAGGUGGUGCAAAGCGCAAGGACCAGAGUAAGGAUCCCUGUUCGAACUUCCAGCUCCCCACCUGCAGGGGAGUCGCUUCACAGGCAGUGAAGCAGGUCUGCAGGUGUCUAUCUUCUCUCCCCCUCUCUGUCUUCCCCAUCUCUCUCCAUUUCCCUCUGUCCUAUCCAACAACGAUGACAAUAAUAAUGACUACAACAAUAAAACAAGGGCAACAAAAGGGAAUAAAUGAAUAAGUAAGUAAAUAAAUAAAUAAAAUAAAAAUCUUAAAGAAACAAAGUAGUUUUAAGUAUAAGCAAAAAAUUAAAAAAAUAAAAAUAAAUAAAUGCAGGGGUCAGGCGGUAGCCUAUCAGGUUAAGCACACGUGGCGCGAAGUGCAAGGACCAGCACAAGGGUCCCAGUUGGAGCCCCAACUACCCACCUGCAAGGGGGUCGCUUCACAAGUGGUGAAGCAGGUUUUCAGGUGCCUAUCUUUGUCUCUCCCUCUCUGUCUUCUCCUCCUCUCUCCAUUUCUCUUUGUUCUAGCCAACAACAAGCAAAACAAAAACAAGGGCAACAAAAUGGAAAAAAAAAUGGCCUCCAGGAGCAGUGGAUUCCUAGUGCAAGCACCUAGCCCCCACGAAGUGAAAGUUACUACAAAUUAAUUAGAUGGAUUUUGCACAGAAAGGUGGGAGGAUUAGCCACUGGAGUGGCAGUCACUAUUUACUAUGCAUCUGUAGACAUUUUAAAACUCAAUCUAAAGGAAGAACCAAAAAAAAAAAAAAAAGAACUUGCUGAUGUGGUAUAUUGUUUAAAAUGAAUCCAUUAUCUCUGUUGAAGUUGUCCAAAAAGCAUUUAAGACUCCUCUAAAAUUAAAUGUAAUAAUACAUAUCUUGGGGAAGUGUGAAAAUGUACCCUUGUGAUAACAAAAAUCCUAGAAAUCAACAUUUCCUCAAUAAGUUGAUAUUAGACUUGAGGAGAAAAAAGAAAACUCAAUCCAGGUUCCAGGCGGUGGUGCACCUGGUUAAGUGCACACAUUACAGUGUGCAAGGACCCAGGUUCAAGCCCCUGUUCCCCACCUGCAGGGGGAAAGCUUCAUGAGUGGUGAAGCUGGGCUGCAGGUGUCUCUCUGUCUCUCUUUCUCUCUGUCUCUCCUUCCCCUCUCAAUUUCUCUGUCUCUAAUAAUAAAAUAAAAUAAAACUGAGUUCAUGUCUUUCUAAAUGGACUAAAAAAUAACUACCUUAGGAAAAGGAAAAAAAUAAGUGUUUUUAUCCAUUAGUUUUCAAAUGAUCUAGAUAAAAAGUCAUCUGGAUUUUUCUGUUAUUGUUAUUCUGUGUAUUCUUGGGCUUUGUAAUACUAAUUUCUUAGUGGUGUCUGGGCUAAGUGAGGUUUCUUUGGUGUACUGAUGAAUGUUCUGUUUAUGUAAUGCAGGUGGUAUCACAUCUCCAUGCAAAAGAUAUCAGGCCUUAAGUCAAUGAAGUGUUGGAUUUGAGAAACAGAUAUGAAAAACUUACAGAAUGUAAAAAUUACGGAUGACUAGCAUUAUUGGUAGUGGUAUUGUAGUUUAGCUUUGUAAGUGUAGUUUUUCACGACAUUAGCAUUUUAGUUAACAGUGAGGAAGCUGACACUAAGUCAGAAAAGGGGAAAGUCCAGCUAGACCCUCGAUAAACUAAACUAGGUCCAGAGGAAAAUGAGCAGUAACUCAGAAAGUUUAAGAGUUUCCAUGCAAACAAGGGAAGUUCUGCUUCUGUAAACUGCUUGCAAUGCAUAUCCUCACAAGGCGCCCCUCACUGGUGGCUGCAGAUAAAAGUUUGCUUCCUGACACAUUCAAAGAGGUUCAGGCUUUGUUGGGUAUGAACCCAUCCUGAACCGACUGGUGUGAAUAAACACACUCCUUAGCCUCCCAGGUGUCCCUGGUCUCGAUUUUUUGUUCAGGUUUUCUUGGGCAGUCCAGUCUGUCAUAACAACACAGAGGGUGGGGUGGAUAACAGGACUUCUGUCUGAACUGUUACAACUGCAUGCCAAUCUGUAGCUUUUUAAGAAUAAAUAAAUAAAUAAAUUUAAAAA